CCCGAACUCCUCCCACAACCCGACCCACUAUCUGAUCAUCCUAUCCAAAUGCCCCUCCAGAACUCGAUCAUCCCUAUAUACACCACAGUCGAUCAGAGAUGGCGAGUAAUUCCAAAGUCCCUGCGCUAGACGAGCCGCGUCCGGCAUCAGCAGCUGGAACGACCACUGCGGCGGGCCAGCAAACACCACAGCAACCGCCGCAACAACAGCAACAAUCUCGCGACACGAAAAAAGCCAACGGCGCCCCGAAACCCGGGAAACAACAGCAGCAGCAGACUAAACAGAAAGAUGGCGCCACUACUACCGCCGCCGAAGGAGGCAAGGGGGGCCUGUCCCCCGCGGAGCUGAAGAAGAGAGCCAAAGCGGAAAAACAAGCGCGGAGGGCCAGAGAAAAAUUAGAGCGGGAACAAGCUGCCGCUGGAGCAGGUGGGGGAUCCGGACCCUCCGGUCAAGGACAGGGUACUCCAUCUGCUAAGAAGGGCGCACCUGGAGGUGCAGCAGGAGGAGGGGGGAGCAAGGAUGGUGCUGCGGGAUUGCAGAAGGGUGCUCAGAGGCAGUUACCGCUACGACGGGGUUCUUCGCAGAUCGCGGGUCAAACUGCUGUGGCGGCCGGGGAAAAGAAGAAGAAAGAGCUGAAUAAGAAUGUUGCUGUCUUUGGCCAUCUUUACGGGCAGCAGAGGAGGACGAGUAUUGCGGGCGCGGGCAAGGAGGUGCACCCCGCUGUGCUGGCUUUGGGCUUGCAGAUGCGAGACUAUGUGGUUUGUGGGAGUAGUGCGAGGUGUGUGACCAUGCUUCUCGCGUUUAAACGGGUGAUCCAAGCCUAUACGACUCCCCUUGGCACCUCGCUGCCUCGUCAUUUGACGACCCAUCUUUCCCAUCAGAUUACCUACCUCUCUACCUGUCGGCCUCUCUCUAUCAGCCAGGGAAAUGCCAUCCGUGCGCUCAAGCUGGUUAUCUCUAGCAUCGACCCAUCGGUUCCUGAAGCGACAGCCAAGUCGUCAUUGUGCGAUUUUAUCGAUAGUUUUAUCCGCGAAAAGAUUACCGUUGCAGACAAGGUGAUCGCAGGCAGUGCGGCGCAGAAGAUCCAAAAUGGUGAUGUGAUCGUCACCUUUGCAAGCAGCUCCAUUGUCAAACAGACCUUCCUUGAAGCGCAUAACCAGGGCAAGAAGUUCCGCGUAUCCAUCAUCGACUCCCGUCCGUUAUUCGAAGGCAAGAGUCUUGCUCGUACACUGGCGAAUGCCGGUCUCGAUGUCGAAUACUCCUUGGUCCAUGGCAUUAGCCAUGCCAUCAAGGACGCUACGAAGGUCUUCCUGGGUGCACACGCCAUGACCAGCAAUGGUAGACUGUACUCUCGCGUCGGCACUGCGCUGGUCGCCAUGUCGGCCAAGGAGCGUUCGGGCAGGGUGGAGAUCCCAGUGAUUGUGUGCUGUGAGACAGUCAAGUUCACUGACCGAGUCGCCCUGGAUAGCAUUGUGGUCAAUGAGAUCGCCGAUGCCGACGAGCUGGUACCUGCACAGCCAGUACAGCAGGUCACCGGUUUGGCCGACGAUGUACCCCCCCAACCCGAACCUAAGAAAGGUGGAAAGUCGUCUGCCGCCAAAGCAGCAGAAUCUCUUGCAGAUGCUAAUCGAAAGGACACUUCCUCGCUCUCGUCCUUGAAGGACUGGAAGGAGACGCCUAAUCUGCAGCUGCUCAAUAUCAUGUACGAUGUCACUCCGGCGCAAUAUGUGGAUAUGGUCAUUACAGAGAUGGGCAGCUUGCCGCCUAGUGCCGUUCCUAUUGUGCAUCGGAUGAGUACCAAUCAAUGAGCUGGCUGCUUUCAUGGGUGGUUCAUCAUGUUUUUUGCUGAUGGAUAAUUUUGCGGUAUGGGCAGCGUUUCAUGGGCUUGGCUCUGCAUCCUAUGUUUACAAAAGAACCUGUUGCUAUUACUGUCGCCCCUUGGUAUCGGCUAGUUAUUUGUCCAGUAGGUUAAUAUAACAAUUACCAGCUGCAGCACGACGUAGAUUGGGUCUUUAGCUAAAUGCUUUGAUGGUUUUUGAUGCCUUGUUGCCUGUAAAGCG